UGUCCGCUGCAUUUGACUGCUCGUGAGCAACACUGGAAGCUAAUUAACUUCACUAAUGGUCACUUCACAAAGUCUUCAAAAAAAUAACCUCAUAAACAAUGAUGCGCGCGCAUUAAGCUGUGAACAAAACCGACCACACGGCAUUCAGGAGAAGGAAGGGAAGCAACCUGUAAACCCGUCACCUGCCACACCUGUCCUUCACUGCCACUUCUGGCCCCGCCUUGCACAUCUGUUUGGGUUUUUAAAUGACUUUAUUCAUUAUGUUUCACAAAGGACGAUCGGAACGGAAUGGACCGUGGGAUAAGACACGGCGAUGUUUUACCGACUGCUUACAGUAGCCCGGCGGAUUAGGUGCCUUUACGUCGCUGCUGGCUAUUCGCGGAAGUGUGGAGGUGUUGUCAUCGUUCUUGCCCACGUUUCAUCAACCUCUGCAGCACAGCCUGACCUGCGUGUACAGACAGUGUUUUCAGUGUUUCUGUGUCUCUACCAAAUGUGUAGAGAUGCAGCCUACGUGUGUAUAAACAGACAGCGAGGUGCACAGAGAUGGAACAUUUAAUAAGUGUGUCUGUUACUGAAUCAGUCUGAAUUAGUGAUUCAGAACCACAGCAACAACAAAACACAGUUGUAGAGAGUGCGACUUUGAGGUUAACUGUGUUUACACACUCACAUGCACAGAUGGCAGAGCUCUUUGUAUUUAACCCCAAGCCAGAUGAACCCCACCCACCUGCAACAGGUGUAGUCUUGACAGAGGGACAGGAGGGAGGUGGAGCUGGCAUGCAGGUGGAGGUGGAGCCCAGCACACUGCCGUGGCCAGAGAAAGAGGACGAGGGGUGGUCUGAUGACCCCGAGAGCCGCACGGAGAGUGCCAGACAGAUGGGUGCACAUGGGAGUAGCGGAGAGGUGGAGGUGGAGAAAUGGGAGGAUGAGGAAAGUGAUGGAGGAGUGUGGGACAGGGGUGACGGCUCCCUGGCCGACGAGGAGGAGGAGGAUGACGACCAGGAGAGCUGGAUGCCAGAGAAGGCAGGUUAUGCAUUUAACCCCCUGGUGACCAUCGUGCUGCCACCCAUGGAGCAGGUGGGGUGGAACGAGAACACACACUACGGAGGAAGCACAGCGAAGCUUCCAGAACCUCCCACCGCGACCCAGCCGCACGGGAACCUUCCACAGCGUCGGCAACCCCAGCCUCACCCAGCACAUCCUCAGCAACCCCAGUGGAUCCAGGCCCUGCAACAACCCAGCCGUUCCUGUUGUCAACGCUGCAGCGAGGCGGUGAGGCUGACUGGAUCUCUGUUAGCUGCUGCAGUGAUCUUCCCCCUCCUGGUCUGGGCAGGAUUUAAGCUCCUCCCCUUUGACUCGCCCCCCCUCAGCACUGCUGCCCUGAGGCUGGUCUAUACCUUACGCUGUGCCUUCUUUGCCACGUUCCCCAUUGUGCUGGGUAUGCUGGUUCAGGGUGUGUCCCGGCUGAAGUUUGGGGUGCUCAGACCUCUGUAUACUGUGAGGCAGAUGGGACGGGAGGUCGUUGUCCAUGGCAACUACGUCCGAGACUCUCUGCAUCUCUACAUCCUCUACUUCAUCCAGCUUGCUGUCACGGCGACGUACAUCGACCAGGACAUGCUCAAACUGGUUCCUUUGCUCACGAUCAUCUUCGUGUUUGGCAGGUUGAUCUACUGGACGUGUGUGUCUCUGGGCAGCAGCGUGCGGGCGCUAGGGUUCGGUCUGUCCUUCUUCCCCCUACUGGCUCUGCUGGGGGUGAACCUCUACUUCGUCUGCUCGUCCACUGGACUGGAGGCGGUGUUUGAUGUGGCCCCUCCCCCACCCCCACUCCAAAAAGAGAGGUGGUGGGGCUGACGGUAUCCAAUGAGGAUUCAUUUAGUUGGUAACAGGAUUAUGUUUAGAGAAACACACACCUUCCAGUGCUUUCCCAGUGAUUUUAUUCACGUUUGUGCCAGUGCUUCACAGCCAAUACACAAUUCAUGAAACCUGAAUUUGCAGCAUAAAAAAAAAAAAAUUAGUAACUAAAUUAUUUCUAAGUGUUUUAUUACCAAACAUUGUUUACAUAGUUUGUUUAUAAUAAAGGUAUAUUUUGCUAUAAGUGCUUUUCCCCACAAUCCCUGUUAGUGUGUUGUAUAUUAGAGAGUACAGAACUCAUAAGUACACUACAUCUGUCUGUAGAAGCUCCAAUGUGUGCAUUUUGGUGGAGCUCUUGCGUGUCUUGCAAGGUUUCUGCUGCACUCACCUACAGCAGAAAUGUGUGCACGGCUUCUUAAGUGUGCCUUUUGACAUUAAAACAGAUCUUCAAAGUGA